UACGGCGCGGGUCCGCAAUAGAGAAAAAAGAAAGAAAGGGGGGGCAGCAGAUUGCGCCCGAAAGGAGCCAAGCCUGAGAAAAGAAAAGAGCAGCACAGACCAGGACACAAAAGACACAGAGGGGCGAGAGGCGAAGCAGACAGCACGCGGACAAAGAAAAGCGGGCAGCCCCCUGCGCAAAGGCUGGCCGCAGCAACGUGCGCACAGAAAGCCCCCCGCCGGUCAUUAAGCUCGGCGGAGCCAUUGUUCCUGUCCGCCUUGCUGCACCCGCAAAGAAGCUGGCGGCCGCACAGUGCCUGGGGCCAGCCUUCUCUACUUUCCUGUCCCCCGGCUGGGUUUCAGAUCACCCAGAAGCGGUGGGCUUUGUGUCUGGUUGGGAGGGUGGUAGGAGACGCCUGCUCCCAGCGCUUAGUUAGGGGGAGCCGAUCCUCAGCAUAUUACGCAAGAGGGCGGUGGUGUGUAUGGUAGUGCGUAGUAGUAGUAGUGGACCCUGGUCGAUCUUCGGCGUCCUUCCAUUGUUGCGAGGGGCGGCGGCGUUGUGUCGUUCGAGGUGCCAGGCCCUCAGCGCACCCCAUCCGGCGCCGCGAGUCUGCUUGUGUGGGGUUUCUGGGUCGCCUUGGAAGCUUUGUGUAGACGUAGACCCAAACUAGGCAGGCCCGACUCGUGUGGCGACAUGCGUGCACGGUCCUCGGGUAGGCGUUGUCCUGGGGAAGAACCAAUGGCGCCCCGCGGCGUGCUUCGCGGCAAGCAUGGCUUUCCUGUCUAUUGCCCGAAGCUAUUGUCGCGCCAAGCUUCGAAAGCGUUUGCGCUUCGUUUCUUUUCUCAAAACGUCACGAAAAUGGCGGACCAGAUACGCACGCCGCCCCGACUCUUCUGGUCUGACUUUUUCGGGAGCAUUCGAAGGCGCCCCGGGGUCCGGCGUCUAUUCGCUGCAGGGGGUGUUCCGAAUAAUCCCGGAAGGGGGGCCGGGGGUUUCCUUCCUCGGAGCGAGAGAGCUCGCGUGCUCUGCCCGCGCAUCUGUUGCGUGGAGGUUGCGGGCACUUGCGUGGCGGGCAGUCUCGCGUUGGUCGUGGCGAGGAGGACUAUCUGCCUAGGUUGUGCUCGUGGUGUGUGAGGGCGAUCUCGCACUCGGUGUGGGCGGCUUGGGUUUUUCCGUUGUUCGGCCAGGUUGUGUCUGUAUUUUGUAUGGCGUCGGCACCGUCGUGCUUUGCGCCCGGCCCCGAUCUCAGUGCGUCUCUUUUUUGCCUAGAAAAGAACGCUCUGGACUGCGCGCGCCACGCACGUUCUAAAAAAUAUGGCCAAGAAAGUGGAGCGCUACCGCCAGCGCACACGGAAUAA